AUGCAGCGGCAGGAGGUGGAAGACUGCUUCGCCACGGCCGUCGAGCUGGUCAGAGAGGCCGGGAAGAUCGUGAUGGAAGGGUUCAGAUCAGAGAAGAAAGUGAGCAAGAAGACCCACGCCGCCGAUCUGGUAACGGGUUAUGACACCAGAGUGGAGGUCUUCCUUAUCAGCAGCCUCAAGAGGAAAUACCCCUCGCACCAAUUCAUCGGGGAAGAGAGCUCGUUCGCUGAAGGCUCGCCGCCUGCUCUGAGCGACGCGCCCACCUGGAUAAUCGACCCUAUCGACGGAACCAUGAACUUCGUGCACGGCCUGCCUCUGGUGGCGGUCUGCGUGGCUCUGGCGGUGAACAGGAAGGCCGUGAUUGGCAUCGUGUACAACCCGGUGCUGGAGCAACUGUACACCGCCGUGGCUGGCAGGGGAGCCCUCCUCAACUCCGAGCCCAUCAGGGUCUCCAGCGUUACAGACAUGACCAAAGCUUUGGUUAAUUUCUGGACAGUUCUCCCAAAAAGCUCUAAUGAUUCAAUUCCAGAGGUGGACUACGGCUUAAAAAAUUUCUUGAAAAGAAUAACACAUGGGCACCUAGAACUGGGCAGCUGUGCAGUGGAGCUAUGCUUCGUGGCUGCAGGGAGUAUAGACGCCUUUUGUGUGAACCUGCCAAACAUCGGCUGUUGGGACUUGGCUGCAGCUGCACUCAUAGUACAAGAAGCAGGAGGUGUGCUCGUUGACCCGGAGACAGGAGGCGAGUUUGACAUGAUGAAAUGCAGAAUAUUUUGUGCUGGCACGAAUGAACUUGCUACCAGCGUCCUGAAAGAAGUGAACCACUUUAAAUGUUCUACAGUACCAAAGUGA